UUACGCACCAGAGACGCGGGUGGUUCAGUCAGUGGAAACCCGUCAGGUUUUGGUGCUCCACGGAGGAUUUAACUAUCUGUCAUUUCAUACAAGCGGCACAAGCGCACGGCCAGACGCUGCAGAGUCUCCUGUCAGCGUCUCCAGAAGCGGCAGACGCACAAAGAGCGCCAAAACCGACAGUGUUCCUGCGAAUCGUCAUUGACCGGAGGAAGACAUCAUGAGCGACCGGUUCGACUGCAAAAACUGCAACGAGUCCCUGUACGGACGCAAAUACAUCCAGGUGGAGGAGCAGCCGCACUGCAUCCCCUGCUACGACCGCCUCUACGCCAACACCUGCCAGGAAUGUAAAGAAAUCAUCAGCCACAAUGCAAAGGAGCUCUUCUACGAGAACAGACAUUACCACGAGCACUGCUUCCGUUGUUUCCGCUGCGACCGCUCUCUGGCCGACGAGCCCUUCACCAGCCUGGAGGACUCGCUGGUCUGCAGCGACUGCUACUGCAACGAGUUCUCCUCCAAGUGUGUGGCCUGCGACAAAACAGUCAUGCCAGGAUCGAGGCUGCUCGAGUACGACGGCGCCACGUGGCACGAGGACUGCUUCGUGUGUCACGGCUGCGAGAAGCCGAUCGGAGCCGAGGCCUUCAUCCCGGACAAAAGCAACUACUAUUGUGUGCCGUGCUACGAGGGCAGGGUCGCGCCUCAGUGCAGCCACUGCAAAAAGCCUCUGACUAAAGGAGGGGUGACUUACAAGGACGAGGUGUGGCACAAGGAGUGCUUCCUCUGCACGGGCUGCAAAGCGCCGCUAGCUGGCCAACCCUUCACCUCGCAGGGAGAGACUCCGUACUGUGUGAAGUGUUUCAGCAGCCUGUACGCUAAAAAGUGCGCCAGCUGCAACACGGCCAUCACAGGGUUCGGUGAUGGGAAGUACAUUUCUUUCGAGGAUCGGCAGUGGCACCAGCCGUGCUUCAAGUGUUCACGCUGCUCCGUGUCGCUGGUGGGCUCCGGCUUCUUCCCCGACCGCGACCAGAUUCUCUGUACAGACUGCAACAACGACGACUGACCGCCCCUGCCCACACCGGAGACAACCAGCAGAAAAACUUCUAAACCUCAGCUUUGCACAUGAACACUGCAGCGUUUCUAAUUCACUCACUCACAGCCUAAUUUAAUUCAGUAUUUACGACUCCAAACUCUUGUGGGCCUCUCGCACGCAGAAAUGUACGUAUUAACUGCAGAAAAGUCUUGUGAUGCGUGUCUGACUUUUACUUUUUAAGUUUUGCACAUAAAAGGAUUCAUGAAAUAUACGAAAUAUGAUAGUAGACGUUUAAAUUAAGCCGGUUUGUAAAAAAAAAAAAAAAAAGAACAAAUGGACAUAUGGUCCUAUUUUCUCUGUCACUAUUUGCUUUGUUCACAUAUUUGUUAAGAUGAACUUUUUUGCCUAAAUGUAUUGUGUUUUCCCUUUUUUGCUUACAUGCGAUUUUUACUGGCGUACAAGCAAUAAAAUGUCAUGAAAGAAAGA